AUGUUCGGGGCUCUCAACAGGUUUAUAAGCAGGCUCGAUGCCGAAUCCCCGCAGCCGAAUUCCAAUGACUCUGCAGACAACUCGUUUGGCUUCCAGGUACUCCGCAACAAGGAUCCCGACCUGCCACUGGAGCCUUGGUUUGAUUUUAUCAUUGGCAUAAACGGUCGCUUGAUUGAGAACCCCGAUCCCAACCUCUUUGUGGCCGAGGUACGCAACUGCGCCGGAUCGAGUGUAUCUCUGGGGAUAUGGAGUGCAAAGGGUCAACGAACGCAUACAAUCUCAAUUCCCGUCUCAAAAGACAAUUUGUCACUAGGACUUACGCUACAACUUGCGCCCUUGUCGGCUUCGCAACACAUCUGGCAUGUUUUGUCGAUACCAUCACCUCUGAGUCCCGCGUACUUGGCCGGUCUACUCGAGCAUUCGGAUUAUAUCCUGGGAUCGCCCAGCGGGACCCUGCGCGGAGAGUCCGCCCUGGGUGAAUUGGUCGAAGAUCAUUUAAACCGCAGUCUGGUACUUUGGGUCUAUAAUAGCGAGUUUGACGUGGUUCGGGAGGUUGAACUGGUUCCAACGAGAGGAUGGGGAGGUGAGGGUGCGCUGGGCGCUGUUCUAGGGUAUGGUGCAUUGCACAGAUUACCUGUGGGCUUGGGUGAAGAAGUCGAGGGUCCCGGUGAAGUUGUCUUUGAGACUGUUGCAAGCGAUGGCCAAGGGCAGCAACAGCAGCAGCAGCAGCCAAACUAUCCUGCUGCUUCUGCAACCGGGCUUCCUCCAUCUUCUACUACAGCCGCUGCAGGAAACUAUCUUGUGCCUGCAAACAUUUCCUCACCACCUCCACUAUCUUCUCCUACAGCCGCCCUCAAUAACAACGCCAGCAUUGCGCCACAACCCAGGUCAGCCAAAUCAACGCGAAGGAAUCGACACGCAGCAGUCUCGCCCAGCCGUACCUUUGACGAAUAUUUUGCUGAAGGAGAGCAGAAAAGCAAAGAACAGGACUUUGCGCCAUCUCGAAAAGGAACACCACUUGCUCCACCGCCAAAAGUUGGAGGGCCACCACCUAGCGCGACUCCAGAGGCAGAAAGCGAAGCGACUUGA